CGCGUCAUUAAACCGGAUGUGAAGCUAGAAGUCAGCAGCAUCUACAUGACAUUCAAGUUUUGCUCGUUUUCCUUCACGUGUGUUUCUAAAACCGUAUGUACACAUGUAUGUCUAGCUGCUGGAAACCAAACAUAAUCGGCCGCUCGGACCCGCGCUCAGAACUUAUCUCACCUCUGCGCAUGCGCAUUUUAACACGUGCAUCUUUACAGUACAGAUCACUCGCGCUUUAAUAACAGUCUCAGGAUUCUGUUUACAUGUGUGUUACGGGAUGGCAGCUUGUUGAAGAUGCAUUUGUCCUUCUCCACUUUAGAAACUUGCCCCUCAUCUUGACUUGAGUUACUGGGAGGCAGUGCGUCUGGUGUCUAGUAUGUGGAGAACAUCCUGACCGUGGUCGUCUUCUGACAUGUUCAGGCUCCGGUUGAUUCGGGCCGGUUCCCGCAGGCUGUUUCACAGUGGGGCCGCCAGUCGGGACCAGGUCCUGGACCAGCUGCAGGUCUGCUCCGCAGAAGACCAGGUGUUUGAUGUGGUUGACCGAAACAAAGCCAAGCUGUCUGCGAGACACGUGGGAUGUGCUAUUGGACUGCUGUGGCAGAUUCAGAGGGAAAGACCACAGAUUCUCCGGACGGUCGAGAAUGUCCGAAACCACCCGCAGUUCCUGACACUACGAGUUCUGGCUGAAAAUAAGAUCAGUCUGAUGGACGAUGGCUCAGUGGUGAACAUGCUUUACGAUGUUCUCAGGCUGAAUGUGGAGCAGCACGACUCCCUUGUUCAGCAGUUGGUGACGGAGGCUUGGAACAGACUCGAGAGGUUUCAGAUGCCCACGCUUUCAAAAUUUGCUGUAUGUCUAAGCGAUCAGUUUCUUCAGCACAGUCCGCUGAUGGGACAGAUUACGGAUAUCGUGAGUCGGAGGCUGGACUCCAUUCAAGAUGCCAGAGUGCUCACCACCUUAAUGAUCAGCAUUUCGUCUCUGGUGUCGCCCAAAUUACGAGACGCACUAAUCGAGAAAGCGGACGCCCUUCUUGACCAAAUGGACCCGCUUCAUUUUAACAACCCCAGAAGGGUGGUGCAGUUUCUCCGCAACAUCAGACACGUCCAUCGACCCCUGCUGGAGAAAUGUAACCGUAUUCUGCUGCAGAACAUCCCUCAUCUGGACGCAGAACAUAUCAGCAUCAUUCUUGGACUUUAUCAGUCUAUGCAGUUCAAUAAUUGUGACUUCCGACUGGCUGCUAAGCAGAAAUUGACGGAGCUGGUGGACACGAGCACUGACCCUGCAACAUUCACCAAACUCUUCGCUUCUCUAGGACCCAUGGCGGGGCAAGGAAUCAGGGAAGGGUUAGAGAGUACUGCGCUGCUAUUGGCCGAUGAGUUGAAUGCCCAGCAAGCUCUCGGUGUGAUGGAGACGAUGGAAGAGAUGCAAUGCAGGAACCUUCAGCUGAUAAACAAGAUGGCAGGAAUUAUCUUUAAGAAUCUGGAGACAUAUCGGGCAGUAGAGAUCGCUCGGAUAACACAGACUCUUAUUCUGCUACACUGCCAGAAUCCAGAGAUCUUCUCCAGACUGAGAACCAAACUGCUGCUGUAUCUUCAGCACAGUGUCUACCCCUAUGAGGUGACCAUGCUAACCCGGGUUCUGUCUAUGCUCCCUUCUUCCCGUCUCGAUGAGGGCGUCCUGUCCCGUGUAAAUGCCGUGAUUCCGCAGUGCAACCUGAACGACCUCAACACGUUCGCCAUGGUCGUCGCCAAGUGGAUUCGCAAUGACCCCUCGUACCGCCACAACACACCCAGCAAGUACGUCCGGCUCCUUCAGACCCUGAACCGGUGCGGACACGAGCGGCUCCAUCAGUUCGAUCGACUGGAGGUUGUGCUGGAGGAAGUGAAGUACUUGUCGGGGGAAUGGUUUGAAGAAAUGUUGCUAGAGCAAUCCAUGGUCACCAUGCAGAGACUAAUUGAUCAGAUAUCCUGGACCAACAUACCCGAGCUGGCCGUUUAUCUGACCCGGACGAACUACCUCUGUACCCCGCUGCUGGACCGCAUCGCUGGUGUGAUGAUUGAAAAUAUAGAGAAGAUUCAUUAUUCUGCAACGUAUGCCGCUUUGCUGCCUUUCGCUGUGCUGAACUAUGACCCGUCAGGAUCAGAAGAGUUUCUUGAUGUUUGCGUUCAACAUUUCACUCCACAUAUUAGUUCAUUUGAUCCACACCUUCUGGUUCUUCUGGCUUAUGCAUUGGCCAUGGCUGAUUAUUUCCCUGAAGAAGUGAUCAGAGAGAUCUUCAAUGUGGACUUCCUUGCCAGGUUGGAUGCCCAGCUGGAGACCUUGCCGGAUGCUCUGAACAUGCGCGUGCGUCUCCGACUGAUGGAGCUGAAUCGGGCCGUGUGUCUGGAGUGCCCAGAGUUUCAGGUGCCCUGGUUUCAUGAGCGCUACUGUACACAGCUGCAGAAGAGAGCCAAUAGCUCCAUAAGUGCCGCUCAACAGCAGAUUCAUAAGAUGCUCGGUGGAGUGCUCGGUUCCAUCAGCUGUGCCAGGGUGGGAGUCUUGACUCCUUACUUCUAUACUGUUGAUUUUGAGUUUAUCCUUGACCGUAACCUUCAGCCGAUACCGUACGGCGAGUCGAGUCCACUGCAGAUCAAUGAGAACGGUAAAGUGCAGUGGGAAUCUAAACCUGCCGACAGAGAGAGAUCAGAGCUGCCGCCCGGUGCCCGCCGCAUUGCCUUGGAUUUUUUGGAUGCCAAAUCCUUCUGCAAAAAUUCCCGGCAAAUGAAAGGGGAUGCCACGAUGAGGAAGAGACAUCUAGAGAUUUUAGGAUAUCAUGUAUUACAGAUUCCUCACUUUGAAUGGAAUUCAAUGGAGCUUUCCACAGAAGAUGCAUGGAGAGAAUAUUUAAGAAGGAAAAUAUUCACAGAAUUACCAUGAGACAUCUACAUGACAUGACAGGAGAUUGUAACUACAGUAUUUCUUCUAUAGGAGAUAACAUUCAACUGAACUGUGACAGAGAUGCACUGCAGUCAUGUUUUAUACCGUUAUUUGUUAUAAAUAAAUGAAAUAUUAUUCUGUAACUAUUUACACACACAAUGAUGAAAUCAUAGUGUUUGGAUUUAAAUGUAUUUAUUGUUACAUGUUUUUU